AUGAGUAGACCACCUAUGCAUACACGAAAACACCUGAUUGCUGAGAGGAAGCGGCGUGAGAAGCUUAGCCAGAGCUUCAUUGCUCUCUCUGCUAUCAUUCCUGGCCUUAAAAAGAUGGACAAAGCAUCGAUCCUCAGUGAUGCAAUCGACUACAUGAAGCAGCUUCAAGAACGCGUCAAGAAACUCGAGGAAGAAGUUGCAAUCAGGACUGUGGAAUCAGUUGUGAUUGGAAAGAAGUCUCAGGUCUCGGCAUAUGAUGAUAUGUUCUCAUUAGAUGAGAACUCUAACCACUUUGAGCAAACUCCUGAGAUCGAAGCAAGGGUCUUGGAUAAACAUGUUCUUCUUCGAAUCCAUCAUGAGAAACGAAAGGGACGCACGACGGAGAUACUUAGAGAAAUAGAGUUGAAUCUAUCUAUUCUUAAUAGCAGUGUAUUAUCGUUUGGGCGUUCCAUACUAGAAAUGACAAUCGUAGCUCAGAUGGACGUUGACUUCUGCAUGAAUAUUGAGGAUCUCGUCAAGAAUCUACAUACAAGCUGUGGAGGAUUGGAUGAAGCUUCUCCUUGCACUCUAAUUGCAAAUGGAAAUGGGUCUUGCUCAGAGAGAGACGAAUUGGAUUAG